AUGGUUAAUUGAUGUUAAUUCUUUGUAUUGGUUUGGUUUUGCUCUUUCAAUAUCUCUGAGUGUGUACGGGAACUGAUGAGAGUAAAAUUGACCGUGAAAGAGAUUCAGAUGAGGCGGAGCGAAGUUUAUUUUAUAAUUAACAGUAACUAACACGGAUGAAUGCCUUGGGAGCUAAACAACUCAUUCUUUCAAUUAUCUUCAUCCGUCAUCAUCUUUGAUCAUCUUCUUUGCAUCUGAACUUCAUGUUAGUUCUGUGUUCCAAAUGAUAAUCAUCGUCUUAUAUUCUAGAAAAAAUGUGAAACUUUGACUUAAUCUGAACUUUUCGAAUACAAUUUUUAAUUGGUUCUCUAUUUGUUUUUUUAAUUAAUUGUGCUAACUGAUUGUUAUUUUUAUUGUUUGUUUAUUGUCUAAUUUAAUAAUACAAAAAUCAUGGAUAUUAAAUAUAACGAUAACUUUAUCCAUCGUAAAUGGAAAGUGAAAGAGGAUGUGGUCAUCUCGGGAAUCUCUGGACGAUUCCCGAAAUCGGAAUCAGUGGAUGAAUUUGCUGAUAAUUUGUUCAAUUCUGUUGACAUGUUGACCGGAGGAAAUGGUAGAUUCCGAGCAGGUCAUAAUGGUUUACCUCAAGUUAGUGGACAAAUUGGUAAUCUAAACAAAUUCGAUGCUCAAUUUUUCUCGAUCCCCGAAUAUCAAGCUGAUCAUAUGGAUCCACAAUUAAGGAAAUUAUUGGAAGUCACUUAUGAGGCGAUCAUUGAUUCAGGUUUGUCAGUUGAAUCAUUAAGAGGAUCUAAAACUGGAUUUUUCUACGGGUCAUCGUUUGCCGAGACUGAUAUGGCCUGGGGUGAAGAGCCACUAGAGGUACCUAAAUACAAACAAGUUUAUACAACAUUGGUUUCAUAUGUUUUUGACCUGAAAGGGCCAAUAUGUCACUUCGACACUGCUUGUGGAUCAAGUUUCGCAGCAUUGAAUGAAGCAUUCACAGCAAUUAAGUCAGGAGUUUGUGAUAAAGCUUUGGUCGCUGGAUUCAACAUUUGCUUAGUACCAGUGGUCACUUUACAGUUUCGAGAUCUUCAAAUGGUUUCCCGUUAUGGUCGAUCAAAAUGUCUCGAUAAAUCAGCCGAUGGUUAUGGAAGAUCUGAAGGCGUUUGUUGCAUAGUACUACAAAAAGCACCCGAUGCUAAACGUAUUUACUCAACGAUAGUUAAUUGUCGAUCCAAUACCGAUGGUUAUAAAGAUCAGGGCAUUUCAUUUCCUUCGGUCGAUUUACAACGACAAUUAAUGUACGAAACUUACACUGAAGUUGGUCUUGAUCCAACCAAAGUGAGCUAUGUCGAGGCUCAUACUACCGGUACUCAAGCUGGUGACCCCGUUGAACUAAAAGCCAUUCACGAUGUUUUUUGUAUUGGUCGAGAUCCAUCAAAACCUUUGAAAGUUGGAUGUUUGAAAUCAAACAUGGGACAUGCUGAGGCCGCAUCAGGUAUUUGCGCUAUGGUUAAAGCCAAUAUGGUAUUUCAAAAAGGUCUUAUUCCUCCAAAUAUACAUUUCGAGAGUCCUAAUCCUCGAAUUGAAGGACUAAUGAAUAAGACAAUUGUUCCAGUUACAACCAUUACUCCUUUCGAAGAUGAAAUUAUUUCACUGAGUUGCUUUGGUUUCGGUGGAGCUAAUGUUCAUGUUAUUCUCCGAGGUCAUGACGUCCGAUCAUCGGCUGAUGAGUUCAAUUUAACUUUAUCAAAAUGUCCUCGAUUAGUAAAUAUCCCUGGUCGUUCAGUCGAAGGUAUUGAAUUCGUCCAAAAUUAUCUCGAAUCAUCGGUCAAUAAAUUAACAAGAUCAUUUCUCGAUCUUCUUAACGAAUAUUCAAAAACUCGUAAAAUGCCUCAUCGUGGAUUCACGUUGAUUGAAGGAGAACCUGGAAAAUAUUCAAUGAAACAUUUCAUUGGAAAUCAACUCGAUUCAGUUGAGCAUAAAAAAGUCUAUUUGACAUCAUCAACAAAUCUAAUCAACGUUGAUCCAAAUCUAAAAGAUUUACCUGUUUUCUCUGGUACAAUCAAUAGAUUAGAAUCUUACCUCAAACCUUUUAAAUCGAAUUUAUUUGAUCUCGUUUUCGGUGAGAUUGAAGUUUCCAACCCUUUGGAGUCGAUUGUUAAAUCAAUUGCUAUUCAAUUGGCGAUUGUUAAUCUAUUUAAAUCGAUACAAUUAAAUAUCGAUGGAGUUGCGAUUCCAACAAUUGGAUCUUUGAUUAAUCUUUAUGCUAACAAUAAGAUGACUGAACAAGAAGUCAUUCUAACGGCUUAUUGGUUCGGACAUUUCGUCCAAAUAAAAGAUCAAUCAAUAAUCAAUCCAACAAUUGAAGUUUUAUCAUCAUGUGAACAAAUUAAACCUCAUUUAUCAGAAGGAAUCAAACUCACCAAGAAAACUUCAGGUAAAUCAUGUAUCAUUUCUGGACAUUAUGAAGAAAUAUUCAGUUCAAUUGUCAAUCUACAAAUGGCUAAUAUAGCAAUUAAAUGGCCUGGAGAAUCAACUGAUUGUUCUGAAAAUUUUAUUGGAUUUAGUACAAACUUCUUAUUGAAUCCUGGUAAAAACGGAAUUAUGACUAAAUUCAAAAACUACCUGAUCAGGCAAAUCCUUUCCUCAGAUGAUCAUGUUCAAAUGAUGAAAAAAUCAUCUUCUAUCAUAAUGAUUAAUAUGGUUAACCAACAAUUCUGUUUAUCUAAAUCAAUUACAUACGAAAAAAGUGCUCAGAAUUUGUCGAUUCAAUAUAAUUUAUCAGACAUGGAAAAAGGUUUUAUAUCUGGUGAAAGUUUAUUUACCUGUUUAGGUAAAAUUUAUGCUGACCAAGGAAUCGACUAUUGUCUUGAACAUUUAUAUCCAACUGUUAAUUAUCCUGUUCCAGUUGACACUCUUUCACUUAAUUCAUUGAUCAAAUUUGAUCAUUUGGCUGAUUGGAAAGUGUUCAAAUACCCUGAGUACUUUAAUCACACACGAUGUUCAACAACCAAUAGUUUUCGAAUCAAUCUUUCUAGUUCAGAAGAUUGGUUCUUGGUAGAUCACAAGAUCGAUGGUCGAGUCCUUUAUCCAGCGACUGGUCUAUUGAUGUUUGUUUGGUACACGGUUGCUAAAUUUCAUGGAACCAUAACGACACGAUUUCCAAUUGAAUUUCGCGACAUUCGGUUGACUCGAGCGACAGUUUUGACCGAAAAGGAGGUUAAGUUUAUCGUCCAGUACUUACCUUAUAAUGGAACUUUUGUCAUUACCGAAAGUGACAAUAUUGUGGCCUCUGGUAAAGCGUUUGGAAAUCCAGAUUUGGAUCUCGUUAGAACUUCAAAUAAUGAAUUGAGAAUAGAAGAUAGUGAAUUUACUUUUAGUAAAGAAGAUAUUUACAAAGAGUUACGAGUUCGUGGUUACGAUUAUGGUCCACAUUUUCAAUGUAUAACUUCAGCUUCGAGUUCAGGAUUACAUGGUAAAGUUGAAUGGCAAGAACCAAAUAGUUCACAGUUAAAAGCAACUUCCGUUUUGGAAAGGACUCAAGAAGGAAUUUUCCGCUUUCUUAGAACUUGGAUAACAUUUACUGAUUCAGCUUUACAAUUGGUUUUAUUAUCUAAUCAAAAGAAUCGUGAUCUUUAUAUUCCUACUGGUUUCCAAUCGUUGAUCUGUGAUCCAGUAUCUAUUAUGGAAACAGUUAAUCGGUUCAAUAGAUCAUUGAAAUCAACUGAAACUCAAGAAGCUUCUGAAUCACCGAAGGAAAAUUCAACCGAAGAUGAAAGUUCAAAUGGAGAUUCAAUCAAAAUAAUGAACCCAGAAUUUGAUGUCUAUCAUGAUCCAAUUACGCAAUCGGUUUCGACCGAUGGAGUUUGGGUCAGAGGUCUUCUCGCAUCUGACGCAAAUCGACGAAAUCAAUCAGUUACUCUCGAGACUUAUGACUUUGUACCAUUCCAUGAAAGUUGUGCAGUUGAUGAAAUGACCUUAGAAUCGGUCGAAUCAUAUUCAUCACUGAUCUUUGGUCUAAUUGAUUUGUUCGAAAAAACAUUAACCUCGAUUGAGAUUAGCGCAGAGGAAAUGGAAUCAUUUUCGAAUGCAGUUGACCUGAAAAAAGAUCAACAUUCAUUGGCUAAUUAUUUAAUCUGUUUGUGUCGAGGAGAAACACCAACGAUAGAAAUUACCUCUAAACUAUCUGAUGACAUGUUGAUUGGUACAAAUGCAGUUCUUCAUUCUAAUCAACGUUUGAAACCAUUUGUUAUAACUGCAACUGGACACGAAUCUUAUAGCGGUGACGUUUAUUCAAAGUCUAAUAUUGUCGAAAUCAACGAUUCUCAAGGUUUCGUCUUUGAUUCGAUUAAAUCAAUUCUCGAGAUACAAUCAUUGGGAUCAAUGAAAGUCGACUAUACUUUGGUACGAUCUAAUGUACCUGAACCAGAGACUGUUGAUAAACUUUCUGGUGUCGUGAAUACGAUCGUUUGGAAUAUCGAUGAAUCACCAGCUCCAAGCGAUUUGAGUAAAAACGAUCUAGUUAUUUAUAAAAUUACUAAUCGUUCAAUUGAUUCAUUAAUCGAGAAUAUCGAUAAAAUUCAAUCAGUUCUUAAACCCAAUGGUCAUUUGUUGGUAUUGACCCGAGAGAAAUCAUCGAACUUAGAAAGCCUCAGAUCGAAUCCAUUUGUUCAAAAUCUAUUGAAAGAUUUUAUUUCAGAUUCGAUUGACUCAAAUCUACUAAGAAAAAUGAAUGAAAAUAAUUGGGUUUGUAUAAGUAAACGAACACUUUCAUCCAAAUCGUUACCUUUGGUCGGAUUAAUGUUCAAAAAGUUACCAGAGUCGAUUAAUCUUGAGAAACAUAAGAUUAUCCGAGUUAAUCCAUUUGAAUAUUCGUGGCUCGAUAAUCUCAAGGAUGAAAUAAAAGCCGAUGAAGAAUCGAUUAUUUGGUUGAUAAGUCAAAUUUCCGAUGUGAGUGUACUCGGUUUAGCGAAAUGUCUGAGUUUAGAACCUUAUGGAUCUCGAAUUCGUUGUGUGGCUCUUCAACCAGGUUCUAAAGGAAUCGAUUCAUCAUCAAUUGAUUUGCAUAGUGCAACUUUCCAUCAACUAAUAACCAAUGAUUGUAAAUUCAAUAUUUAUGACGAUAAACUCGGAUGGGGAGAUUAUUGUCACUUCGAGAUACCGACAAAACCAGAGACCGAUAGCAAAUGUUUAGUCCAAAGUAAAGAUGCUUAUGUCCAAUGUUUAAUUCCUGGUGAUCUUUCAUCACUUGUAUGGACUCAAUUCAAUCCAAUUCCUGAUUCCAAAAAAGGUCAAUCUCUUGUGACAAUCAACUAUUCGUCGCUCAAUUUCAAAGAUAUUAUGCAUGCGACUGGAAGACUACCUUCUAAUUUAAAUCUCGAUUGGCGUAUUCCAGUAGAAAUGUCAACACCAAUCGGAUUAGAAUACGCAGGUGUCGAUUCGAAUGGUAACCGGAUUAUGGGUUUUGUUCCACAUCGAGCAUUAGCAACUAAACUAAUCAUUGGAUCAAAUGAUUUCUGUUGGUCUGUUCCUUCAACAUGGACCAUGGAAGAUGCUGCAACCGUACCGGUUGUUUAUGCAACUGCGAUUUAUAGUCUAUUGAUUCGCGGUCAACUUCGUCAAGGAGAAUCUGUUCUUAUUCACGCGGGAACAGGAGGUGUUGGAAUAGCAGCGAUAAACAUUUGUUUGAGUUUGAAUUGUAAGAUCUUUACAACAGUUGGCUCGGAUGAAAAGCGAAAGUUUCUUCAAGAACAAUUCCCAUCACUCGACGAGACGAGUUUCGCUCAUUCGAGAUCAACUUCAUUCGAAGAACAUGUUCUUAGACACACGAAUGGUCGUGGUGUUGAUGUGAUUCUCAAUUCAUUAUCUGAAGACAAACUACAAGCAAGUGUGAGAUGUUUAGCACCGGGUGGAAGAUUUCUGGAAAUCGGUAAAUAUGAUAUGAUGCAAAACAAUAAGGUCAACUUGGGACUUUUCGAUGAGGGUCGAACCUUCCAUGGAAUUUUACUUGAUGCAUUCAUUACCUCUGCAAAUCGUCUCAGUAAUAAAGACAGUGGAGUGUCACAAGUAAAAGAGAAAAUCACUGCUUUUAUGGACCAAGGAAUAACUUCAGGAACAAUAAAGCCACUUCCGAGAAAAGUAUUCAAAAUGAACCAAGUUGAAGAAGCUUUUCGAUUUAUGGCCACCGGUAAACACAUUGGUAAAGUUCUGGUCAAGAUAAAAGAUGAAAGUAGAGAUGAUAAAAGUUCUUCGACAACAGAAACAUUGACCAAAAUAAAUGAAAUUUCAUCAAUUGGAUCGAUCCCAUUGGCAAUUAAAUCGCCGAUUUUCUAUUCGAAUAAAACUUAUAUUAUUGUCGGUGGAUUUGGUGGAUUUGGCUUGGAAUUAGCUUCUUGGUUGGUCAAAAAAGGAGUUCGUCAAUUGGUUCUUAAUUCUCGAUCGGGACCUAAAUCGUCUUAUCAUAAAUUAUCUUUGCAUCGAUUAGAGUCACUUGGUGCCAAUGUCAUCAUAUCAACUCACGAUUUAACUAGUGAACAAGAUUGUUGUUCGCUUUUCGAAUCCCUUUCACCUUAUCCAAUUGGUGGGAUAUUUAAUUGUGCUCUCGUUUUGUCUGAUGCUUUAAUAUCCGAUCAAAAUGCUGAAACUUAUGAAAAAGUUUGUUCAUCGAAAGUUAAAAUAACCAAGAAUUUAGAUAAAUUAACUCGAUCAUUAGCUUCAGAUGAUUGUGAUUAUUUUGUCGUCUUCUCAUCAGUAACUUGUGGACGAGGUAAUCCAGGACAAUCUAAUUAUGGAUUAGCUAACUCUUAUAUGGAAUCGAUUUGUCAAGAGAGAUUCAAACAUGGACUUCAUGGUCUAGCGAUUCAAUGGGGAUACAUCGGUGAUGUUGGAUUUGUUGUUGAGAAAUUAGGUGUUAAAGUUGAUUCUAUUCGAGGAACAGCAGCUCAAAGAAUUCACUCUUGUUUCUCUGUACUAGAAAGAGCUCUGGCUUAUCCUGUAUCCACCGUGUCAAGUUUGGUCCGAGCAAUUGACAGAAAGAGUAUUUCAACUGGAUCUGGAGACAUAAUUAGCUCAAUCAGUCACAUCUUGGGCAUCAAAGAUAUUAAUUCACUUGAUCCAAAUGUUACUUUAGGUGAACUUGGUAUGGAUUCGUUGAUGGCAAUCGAAGUUCAACAAGUUUUAGAGAAACAGUUUAAUAUUUCAAUAAGCUCAAAGGAGAUUCGAGCUCUCAAGAUAUCCAAAUUGAAAGAGUUUUCGAAACAAAUGAAAAACGGUAAACAAACAUCAGAAUCAUUAACAAAUGCCUCGACCAGUAAUGAAUCGAGUGACACAAAUUCAAUGAUUGGAUCACUUUUAUCUCUUCAAGUUCCAAAAACAAUAACAAAUAAUCUCAAUGAUUUAGGAAAAUCAAACAAAACAAUCAGGCCAAUUUAUUAUGUUCCUCCAAUUGAAGGAAAUUAUGAUUUAAUGAAAGGUCUCAUUGAUCGUGUCAAAAGACCAGCACUUGGACUUAAUUGGACUUACGAUCUUUCUCUUCUUACCUCAAUCGAGUCUGCGGCAACUUAUUAUGCUGAUUAUCUGAUCAAAUGUCAUUCACCAAAUGACAAGUUAAAUAUGGUUGGCUACUCAUUUGGAGGUAUUAUUGCUUAUAAUAUCGCUUGUGAAUUAGAGACUCGAUUUUUGUAUAACGGAAGUGGGCCAAUAAUCGAGAAAUUAAUUCUGAUAGAUGCUGAUCCUGAAAAGUUGAAAAACGUGGCAGAAAUUACUAAAAAGCGCAUUGAUGAUGCUCCUUUAAAUAUUCAAGAGACUGAGUUUAUUAAGGGUGUAAUGAAAAGAAUUUUUGCAAACUUAGAUCCAAAUCAAUUCGAUGCUGAAAUAGCUAAUUGUUCAAAUCGAAAAGAAAGAUUCGAAAAAUUCACAAAAAUAAUGAUCGAUAAAGGAAUUCCCGAAGAUAAGGCAGAUAUGAUUUCUAAAGUUAAUGAGUUAACUUUUCAAAAAGGACAAAUGCUCAUCAAUUAUUCACCAAAACUGAAAUCGAAGCUAACUGAAAUAGUUCAUAUUCGAGCUAAAACUGAUUUACCAUUAUUCCAAAGUUCAAAACAAACUGAUUUCAAACUUGGAACCGAACACUUUUUUGAUGGUAAUCAUCACACGGUAAUUGGAUCAAAUUUGGACGCUAUCGAGAAAAUAACAAACAAUUUCUUCAAUAUCCAAGAAGAUGAUAAUAAUAACGAUUUAACAAACAUCCAACCAUCUAAUUGAAUUAAUAACCAAGCAUUAUAAUCUGCAAUUGUUUAGGAUAUUGAUUCAUGUAAAUUUCCAUAAAUAUGUGUCUUUUAUCAAAUAUUAAUCUUAAGUUGAAA